CGACAGACGAAUCGAAUCUUCUUAUGGUUCUAUUUAAGAAUGGGUAUGCCAUACACCCCGCGGGGAUUGUAGUUCAAUUGGUCAGAGCACCGCCCUGUCAAGGCGGAAGCUGCGGGUUCGAGCCCCGUCAGUCCCGAACUAGGGUUCAAUGAAUGGAGAAAUUCAUAUUUCCUUUUUCCAUGAAAAAAAAGGGGCAGGGAGCAAGAUCAAAUACCCAUAGGGCACCCUUACUUCACUUUUUUAUUUUGCAUCUCUCAUUAAAGAGGGAGGGAAGGAGUAUAGGAAUUUUUUUUCACUACUCCCGAUCGAUAAAGAUAAAGAAAGACACACAUACGAUAUGUGGAUUAGUAGAAUUUUAGGAUAUUACUCUAUCUUUCUUUAUGAUGAUACCAUCCUCAUCUUAAUUUCCUAUUCCACUGUUAUGGAAUAGAGUACCGGUAUUUUACCGGAAUCCAUACAUAAAUUGUAUUCCCUUUUUAUUUCAGACCUCUUUUCCCCAUCUCACUUCUACUGCUUAUUUGGAUGUCUAUGUGACCCAUAGAAAGUUGCUCAUAUAAUACAUACAUAAUUGUAUGUAUAACUAUAAGAAAAAGGAAGAGAAAUUGUAUAAGAUUAAGAAAGCUCGUGGGUUAGAGAUAUAGAAAAGAAAAAGUAGAAAAAAAAGGAUUAAAAAAGAGGGAAUUCCUAAUCCAAUCAAAAAACCCAUUUUGGUCUUAGUAUGGAUAUAGGAUCUUCCUAUGUUAUACUAUAUAACUCUCAUCCAUGAAUUGAUUUGAUAGAUCCGAUAUUCAUAAUAUUGAAUUGAUUCAGUAUUAUCAGAAUGCAAGCCCUACCCUUGAAUUUACAAGAUACCCCUUUUUCCUCUCCAUGGGAUUACAUCCCGAGUUAUUGUGAAAAUAAAAAAUAAAGAGGUUAUGGAAGUCAAUAUUCUCGCAUUUAUUGCUACUGCACUGUUCAUUCUAAUUCCUACUUCUUUUUUACUUAUUAUUUAUGUAAAAACAGUCAGCCAAAAUAAUUAAGUGGAAUUCCAAUUAAUCAUUGAAGAAAUGAAAAAGGGAUUAAAUAAAAAAAAUCCAAGUCUUAAAUGAAAGGAUCUGGUUGGAAUCUUAAAGUGUGGUAGAAAGAACUACAUAUAGUUUUUUCUACGACACUUUAGAGUCCUUUCUAUUAUAUUAUCUUUGAAUCUACAUAGAAUAGAUUAGUAGAUUGAAAUAGUUAAGUAGUCUAAUUCAAUUUCUUUUUUCAUUGCAUCCACUUAAUUUCAAUCAGGUCAAAAUAAAAAAAUCGAAGACAAUUCUUGACCAAAGAAUCCAUGGAAGGAAAGAAAAAUAAUAUAAGAAUAGACUAUAGUAAAAAGUAAAAGGAAAAAACCAGCGAAUCUUUCAUGCUUAAAUAUCCCGCGAGAUGCUUCAAAAGAGAAUAAAAAUUAUUCUAAGAAUAAAGAAAGAGUAUAAAACAAAUGGAAAAUGUGUGAUAUGCCGUGAAUAGUUCCGUGGAAGAAAGUCUAAUUUUCUUAUGUAUAGAACUUUUUUUAACCAUUAGUCAUUUCUAGUAGAAAUUCUUAAUUGGUAUAAUGGCUCUUUCUUACAAUACAAGAGUUUCUUACAGGAGUGAAACAAAACUAAAGAAAAAGAUUAAAGAAUAACGUUUGACAAAAUAAUUAAUGCAAAACGAUCAAUUAAAAAAAGAAUUGAUACAACAAUUUGAUUACUUAAUCAAUUAGUAGUAUCGUAUCCCUAGAGUCCACUCCUUCCCCAUACUACUAGUGAAAGAGAAAAUGUAAAGACUACCAUUAAAGCAGCCCAAGCGAGACUUACUAUAUCCAUCUAAAUUAUGUCUCCUAUUUCUAUGAAGGGAUUAUUCUACUAUUGAUCAAUAAUCAUAGUGGAAUCAAGGGUACAGAGUCAAAAAGGGCUUCUGCCCUAAGGCCAUGGAUCAAUCAGUUCAAGGAAUUUACUCCUAACAAAUUCUUAUAGGAAUUCUUGUAGAAUUAGAGAGCAUUAAAAAUACGAUACUAUAAAGCCCUUUUUUCCUUACCUUAAAAAAGAAAGAGUACGGGAAUGAUGUCCUGAAUAGAAGAAGCGGGAAUAGGAAGAUUUUUUAUUCCUUUUGUUACUCUAGUGUAUGUAGGUCACAUAAGAUGUACGAUAAAAAAAUGUAUGAUAAUUAGGAAGUCUUGAUAUUCUUUCGUGGAGUCCCUUCUGGAAUCUUAGAUUGAAAAAGAGAAGAAUGCCCCUUAGGGACCUUUCUUUGGAUACCAAGAUUUCUGACAUCUUAUCCUCGUAUUUAAAAAUUCUCAAAUCGAAUCAAUUAAGAACCAAUUCAAAUUCAUAUAAUAAAAGAAUAAGGAAACACUACCUCACCCCUAUUGAUAACCAUUUUGGCCACUACCGCCAAAACAAACCCUAACCCUAGUUUAAGGAUAGAACUAUGGUAUGGUUUCUCUAAACCCAGUAUCGGCAGGCUUAGUUACUCUCUUGCCCGAACUUAUGCGAAGUAAAAAUUGAUUGAAUUCGAUCAGUACUAGAAAACCUAAGUAUUUUAUUGAUCAGGCGGCACCCAGAUUUGAACUGGGGAUAAAGGAUUUGCAGUCCCCUGCCUUACCGCUUGGCCAUGCCGCCAAAAAAUCCGAUCGAAAAUCUAGAAAACAGCAAGUAUUCAUCCACGUUUUCUUACGAAAAGCCCCUUUCUUUUAUUUUGAAUAUAAUUAAACUUACUUUUUUCCAAUCUUUUUCAAAAAAGAUACUCCUGCUUUUUUUGAUCCAGUUUCGAUUAUUCUCCUCGAUAGAUUCUAUCUUAAAACAUACAUUGCUAACACAAUAAAACUUCCCAUUUCUUUCUAUUGAGAUGAAAAAGAAGAAAAGUGGAUUUCUAGUCACAGGCUGCAAAAUUCAGAACAAAUUGGAACCAUUAACUAGAAUUCUCUUUCUUUUUUGAAUUGCAGUAGUGAACUACUCUUAAAUCGGUAUUAUCUCCCCCCCUUCAAUUUCAAUGGCAUAAUAAAAUAUUAUGGCUUUAUGCUUAAUCCGUGUAUAGGUGAACUUUAGGUCCGAGCAGCAUUAUUAUCCAAAGAUCCCCUUUAUGUACAUAUCUCUAUGGGGAAUCGUGCUUUAAUUUUUCAAAGUAUUAAAUUAAAUAUCUUGAAUAAAAAAAGGAAAUUUGCUCUGAUAUUAGAGUAUAACCUGACUAUCUUGGCCUACCCAAGUGAAAUUACGAUAAAAGAAAAGCAUGGAUAUGGGGAGAGGUGGAUAAUUAGAUUGGCAUGUACUUAAAAAAGGGACUUACUUUAUUUUAGAAUUCCACAAUGAAAUACUUAAUUUUCUAGCAAUUAUACUACUCCGAUCCGAAAUAAAAAAGAACCCUCAAAUUAUUUUUAGAAAUUAAAGUAAGCACGCUAUUCUAAAUCGAAGUAAAGUAAAACUUUCUAGUGUAUUAUAUUACGGCUUUAUUACAUUCAUAGAAAGGGGAUAAAAUGAGAAAUCUUUGCCAUUCAAUCUGAUUAGAAUAUUAUAAAGUAUAAGUGGCAUAAUUUUUUUUGUAGGAAUAUUUUAGCAAUUCAUUUUCAUUUCAUUUGUACCCCUGGUAAACUAGAAUUUUCGUCGAAAUGGUCUCUAUUCAUAUGUAUGAAAUACAUAUAUGAAAUACGUAUGUGGAGUUCCCUAGAAUUUCAUGUGAUUCAGUAAACAGAAUAUAGAUUCCAUGAUUGCUAGAUCAAUCCGUAGGGAUUGAUGAAGAGUGAGCUGAUAAUGGAAUUUUUCUUUGAUAAACAGGAAACUUAAGAUUAAGAUGCUCCGGAAUGGAAACGAGGGAAUGUCCACAAUACCCGGAUUUAGUCAGAUCCAAUUCGAGGGAUUUUUUAGGUUCAUUAAUCAAGCCUUGGCAGAAGAACUUGACAAGUUUCCAACAAUUAAAGAUCCAGAUCACGAAAUUGCAUUUCAAUUAUUUGCGAAAGGAUAUCAAUUGCUAGAACCCUCGAUAAAAGAAAGAGAUGCUGUGUAUGAAUCACUCACCUAUUCUUCCGAAUUAUAUGUAUCUGCGAGAUUAAUUUUUGGUUUCGAUGUGCAAAAGCAAACCAUUUCUAUCGGAAACAUUCCUAUAAUGAAUUCCUUAGGAACCUUUAUUAUAAAUGGAAUAUACCGAAUUGUGAUCAAUCAAAUAUUGCUAAGUCCUGGUAUUUACUACCGCUCGGAAUUAGAUCAUAAGGGAAUUUCUAUCUACACCGGGACUAUAAUAUCAGAUUGGGGAGGGAGAUCGGAAUUAGCAAUUGAUAAAAAAGAAAGGAUAUGGGCUCGCGUGAGUAGAAAACAAAAGAUAUCUAUUCUAGUUCUAUCAUCAGCUAUGGGUUCGAAUCUAAGAGAAAUUCUAGAUAAUGUUUCCUACCCUGAAAUUUUCUUGUCUUUCCCGAAUGCUAAGGAGAAGAAGAGGAUUGAGUCAAAAGAAAAAGCUAUUUUGGAGUUUUAUCAACAAUUUGCUUGUGUAGGUGGGGACCUGGUAUUUUCGGAGUCCUUAUGCGAGGAAUUACAAAAGAAAUUUUUUCAACAAAAAUGUGAAUUAGGAAGGAUUGGUCGACGAAAUAUGAAUCGGAGACUUAAUCUUGAUAUACCUCAGAACAAUACAUUCUUGUUACCACGAGAUGUAUUGGCCGCUACGGAUCAUUUGAUUGGAAUGAAAUUUGGAACGGGUAUACUUGACGAUGACGAUAUGAAUCACUUGAAAAAUAAACGUAUUCGUUCGGUUGCGGAUCUGUUACAAGAUCAAUUCGGAUUGGCUCUUGGUCGUUUACAACAUGCAGUUCAAAAAACUAUUCGUAGAGUAUUCAUACGUCAAUCGAAACCGACUCCCCAAACUUUGGUAACUCCAACUUCAACUUCAAUUUUAUUAAUAACUACUUAUGAGACCUUUUUUGGCACAUACCCAUUAUCUCAAGUUUUUGAUCAAACGAAUCCAUUGACACAAACUGUUCAUGGGCGAAAAGUGAGUUGUUUAGGUCCUGGAGGGUUGACGGGGAGAACCGCAAGUUUUCGGAGCCGAGAUAUUCAUCCGAGUCACUAUGGGCGUAUUUGUCCAAUUGACACGUCUGAAGGAAUCAAUGUUGGACUUACUGGAUCCUUAGCAAUUCAUGCGAGAAUUGAUCACUUGUGGGGAUCUAUAGAGAGUCCGUUUUAUGAAAUAUCUGCUGAGAAAGCAAAAGAAAAAAAAGAGAGACAGGUGGUUUAUCUAUCACCAAAUAGAGAUGAGUAUUAUAUGAUAGCAGCAGGAAAUUCUUUGUCCUUGAAUCAAGGUAUUCAGGAAGAACAGGUUGUUCCAGCUAGAUACCGCCAAGAAUUCUUGACUAUUGCAUGGGAACAGAUUCAUGUUAGAAGUAUUUUUCCUUUCCAAUAUUUUUCUAUUGGGGGUUCUCUCAUUCCUUUUAUUGAGCACAAUGAUGCGAAUCGGGCUUUAAUGAGUUCUAAUAUGCAGCGCCAAGCAGUUCCACUUUCUCGGUCCGAGAAAUGCAUUGUUGGAACUGGAUUGGAACGCCAAACAGCUCUAGAUUCGAGGGUUUCCGUUAUAGCCGAACGCGAGGGAAAGAUCAUUUCUACUGAUAGUCAUAAGAUACUUUUAUCAAGUAGUGGGAAGACUAUAAGUAUUCCUUUAGUUAACCACCGUCGCUCUAACAAAAAUACUUGUAUGCACCAAAAACCUCGGGUUCCACGGGGUAAAUCCAUUAAAAAAGGACAAAUUUUAGCAGAAGGAGCUGCUACAGUUGGGGGGGAACUUGCUUUAGGAAAAAACGUAUUAGUAGCUUAUAUGCCAUGGGAAGGUUACAAUUUUGAAGACGCAGUACUAAUUAGCGAACGUUUGGUAUAUGAGGAUAUUUAUACCUCUUUUCACAUCCGGAAAUAUGAAAUUCAGACGGAUACGACAAGCCAGGGCUCCGCUGAAAAAAUCACUAAAGAAAUACCACAUCUAGAAGAACAUUUACUCCGCAAUUUGGACAAAAAUGGAGUUGUUAGGUUGGGAUCCUGGGUAGAAACUGGUGAUAUUUUAGUAGGUAAAUUAACGCCUCAGAUAGCGAGCGAAUCAUCAUAUAUCGCAGAAGCUGGAUUAUUACGGGCCAUAUUCGGCCUUGAGGUUUCCACUUCAAAAGAAACUUCUCUGAAAUUACCUAUAGGUGGAAGAGGGCGCGUUAUCGAUGUGAAAUGGAUCCAAAGGGACCCCCUCGACAUAAUGGUUCGUGUAUAUAUUUUACAGAAACGUGAAAUCAAAGUUGGGGAUAAAGUAGCCGGAAGACAUGGGAAUAAAGGGAUCAUUUCCAAAAUUUUGCCUAGGCAAGAUAUGCCCUAUUUGCAAGAUGGAACACCCGUUGAUAUGGUCUUCAAUCCCUUAGGAGUACCCUCCCGAAUGAAUGUGGGACAAAUAUUUGAAAGCUCGCUCGGAUUAGCGGGGGAUCUGCUAAAGAAACAUUAUAGAAUAGCACCCUUUGAUGAGAGAUAUGAGCAAGAGGCUUCAAGAAAACUUGUGUUUUCAGAAUUAUAUGAAGCCAGUAAAGAAACAAAAAAUCCAUGGGUAUUUGAACCCGAGUACCCGGGAAAAAGCAGAAUAUUUGAUGGAAGAACAGGCGACCCCUUUGAGCAACCUGUUCUAAUAGGGAAGUCCUAUAUCUUAAAAUUAAUUCAUCAAGUUGAUGAGAAAAUUCAUGGGCGUUCUACUGGGCCCUACUCACUUGUUACACAACAACCGGUUAGAGGAAGAGCCAAGCAAGGGGGACAACGAGUAGGAGAAAUGGAAGUUUGGGCUUUAGAAGGAUUUGGUGUUGCUCAUAUUUUACAAGAGAUACUUACUUAUAAAUCUGACCAUCUUAUAGCUCGCCAAGAAAUACUUAAUGCUACGAUCUGGGGAAAAAGAAUACCUAAUCAUGAGGAUCCUCCAGAAUCUUUUCGAGUGCUCGUUCGAGAACUACGAUCUUUGGCUCUAGAACUGAAUCAUUUCCUUGUAUCUGAAAAGAACUUCCAGGUUAAUAGGGAGGAAGUUUGAUCGGAAUAAAUAUAAAUUCUUUUCUUAUUUCUAUUUUAUGAUUGACCAAUAUAAACAUCAACAACUUCAAAUUGGACUCGUUUCCCCUCAACAAAUAAAGGCUUGGGCUAACAAAAACCUACCUAAUGGAGAAGCCGUUGGCGAAGUCACAAGGCCCUCUACUUUUCAUUAUAAAACCGAUAAACCAGAAAAAGAUGGAUUGUUUUGCGAAAGAAUCUUUGGACCCAUAAAAAGCGGGAUUUGCGGUUGUGGCAAUUCUCGAGCGAGCGGAGCUGAAAACGAAGACGAAAGAUUUUGCCAAAAAUGCGGGGUAGAAUUUGUGGAUUCUCGGAUACGAAGAUAUCAAAUGGGAUACAUCAAACUCGCAUGUCCCGUGACUCAUGUGUGGUAUUUGAAAGGUCUUCCUAGUUAUAUCGCGAAUCUUUUAGAUAAACCUCUUAAGAAGUUGGAGGGCCUAGUAUACGGCGAUUUCUCUUUUGCUAGGCCCAGCACUAAAAAACCCACUUUUUUACGAUUACGAGGUUUAUUCGAAGAGGAAAUUGCAUCCUGUAACCACAGCAUUUCUCCCUUUUUUUCUACCCCAGGCUUUGCAACAUUUCGAAAUCGGGAAAUUGCGACAGGAGCAGGUGCUAUUAGAGAACAAUUAGCAGAUUUGGAUUUGCGAAUUAUUAUAGAGAAUUCUUUGGUCGAAUGGAAGGAAUUAGAAGACGAGGGGUAUAGUGGAGAUGAGUGGGAAGAUAGAAAAA